AUGAGUGCGAUCCGAUAUUUUUUUGCGCAUGGUUAUUUAUUGAAAGAAUGGAAUCGCACGUUUUUUACUUUACUGCCGAAGGUUGAUCACCCGGAAACCCCUCCUCAGUUUCGUCCGAUUGGCCUUUGUAAUGUGUUGUAUAAGUGCAUUGCGAAGUGUCUCUCGCAUCGUUUACGUCGUGUUUUGCCGUCUUUGAUUUCGGAUACCCAAAAUGCUUUCGUUCCAGGUCGGAUUAUGGCUGAUAAUGGAUUACUGGCUCAUGAAUUGCUUUCAUUUAUGAAUUCUUCUAAUUCUAAAGCUUGUUCGGCAGCUUUGAAACUUGACAUGAAUAAAGCCUAUGACAGGGUGAAUUGGGAAUUUUUAUGGGAAGUUUUGAGGCGUUUUGGGUUUCCUCCGUAUUGGGUUCAUAUUUUACAGCAAUGUGUUACUACUGUUUCCUAUCAAAUUCUGGUUAAUGGUUCGCCUUCUCGGCCCUUCAAGCCUAAAUGUGGCCUGCGUCAGGGCGACCCUUUAUCUCCAUAUCUAUUUGUUUUAUGUAUGGAGAUUUUUUCCUUAAUGUUGCGUCGGGAUGAACAACGCGGCUUGUUCCAGGGGUUGAAGAUUUCUCGUCGGGCGCCUUCUAUGAUAAACGUGCAGAAGUCGUUUGUGAAAUUCGGCUCUAAUACUCCUGAUGAUUUCCGAGAUUAUUUGUCUUCGGCCUUACGAAUGGAAGCAAGGUCGUCUUUAGGCUCUUAUCUAGGGCUUCCGGUUGAAUUAGGGCGAAGUAAAUGUCAGGCGUUCCAAUUCCUGUUGGAUAAGGUGGUCCAACGCCUCUCGUAUUAUGCUUCGCUUAACCUUUCUUCGGCGGCAAAGCUGUCAGGUAAAGAUACUAAGGGGUUGGCCUUGGCUUCAUCUACGAUUCUGCAAUCCCCAAAAGGGUUAGGGGGGUUGGGUAUUCGUCAUCUACGGUCUUUUAACCAGGCCCUUUUGGCUAAACAAUCUUGGCGUUUUAUGAGACAGCCGCAACUUUUAGCUUCUCGGGUUCUUAAGGCUAAGUAUCCGAAUUUGUUUUCGCAUUCUCCUUCUCUUUCUGUGUCUCGACCUUCUUGGGGUGGUCAGGGUCUUCUUGAAGGAAGUCUUGUCUUGUCCAAAGGCUUGGCUUGGAAGGUUGGUUCUGGGGAGAAUAUUAAUAUCCUGUCUGAUAGCUGGAUUCCUCAUGUCAAGAUUGAGUUUAAAGAAGAUAUCCCUGAUAAUGAACGUCCUCGUGUUGUUGCUGAAUUACUGUUAGCGGGUUCGCGGACUUGGAAUACUUCUUUGAUUCACCAGCUGUUUCCUCCUCUUGUUGCUUCUUCUAUUAUUGGUCUUGAUAUUCCCAGAGAGAAGAUUGACGACUUUGUAUACUGGAAGUAUACUAAGGAUGGUCUGUUUUCUACUAAGUCAACCUACUCUUGUUUAGUGUCUCAGCAUUUUAAUUUGGACCUUGAUUGGAGUACUGUAGCCUGUUGGAAACAGUUGUGGGGUACUCCUUUUCUUCCAAAAUGGAAGAUGUUUGCUUGGAGAAUCAUGCAUAACGUUCUUCCUAUGACUGCGUUACUUGCUCUUAAGGGUCUUCCUGUAGAUCCUACUUGUAUUUUCUGCCGUGAUGAUUCAGAGUCGGUCAUUCAUUUGUUUCGGGACUUUCGUCUGACGCACUGGCCUUGGGAGGAGGUCAAAUUACCUCGUUUACUUACUCCCUCUGUGUCUGGUCCUUGGCAAUGUGGUUCUCGGAUUGUGAUUAGGGGUGGCAGUGGGGAUAUUUGUGAUAUGUCUAUUUGUUUUGAUGGUGCUCGGGAUGCCAUUACUCAUCAAGCUGGGCAGCAUGCUUCCCGUCUUGGUGUUUCUCGUGUCUUGCUGCUUACUGAUUGCUCAGUGAUUUCUCGGUUACUUUUAGGGCCUGGGAUUGCGGAUAUAAUUGUGGCUUGGGUUAUUAAGGAUAUUCGUGCAUUGUUGGAGUCGUUCACAGUUUGUCACAUGUGUAAGGUGCCUAAGGCUUCUGUUUCUUAG